AUGGAGAGCGCGCUGGCCACGCUGCGCCUGCCCCCGCACGAGCCGGACGGCCCGGCGCUGUCGGUGGUGGACAUGCACACGGGCGGCGAGCCCUUGCGCAUCGUCCUGCAGGGCUGCCCGGAGGUGCUGGGCCCCACGCUGCUGGCCAAGCGGCGCUACAUGCGCCAGCACCUGGACCACGUUCGGCGACGCCUGCUGUGGGAGCCGCGCGGCCACCGCGACAUGUACGGGGCCGUGCUGGUGCCGAGCGAGCUCCCGGACGCGCAGCUGGGCGUCCUGUUCCUGCAUAACGAAGGCUACAGCUCCAUGUGCGGCCACGCCGUGCUGGCCCUGGGCCGCUUCGCUGUGGACUUCGGGCUGGUGCCCACGCCGCCGGCCGACGCCCGCGAGGCCCGCGUCCACAUGCACUGCCCGUGCGGCCUGGUGACCGCCUUCGUGGCGUGCGAGGGCGGCCGCAGCCUCGGCCCGGUGCGCUUCCACAGCGUCCCGGCCUUCGUGCUGGCCACAGAUCUCAUGGUAGAUGUUCCCGGGCAUGGAAAGGUGGUGGUGGACAUUGCGUAUGGUGGUGCCUUUUAUGCGUUUGUUAGUGCCGACAAGUUAGGACUUGACGUGUGCUCUGCCAAGACUAGAGUCCUUGUGGAUGCAGCAGGUGCAGUGACAGAAGCAGUGAAAGCUCAGUUUAAAAUUCAUCAUCCUGAGAGUGAGGACCUUGCCUUUCUAUAUGGAACUAUAUUAACAGAUGGAAAAGAUGCUUACAGCGAGGAACCAACCACCAACAUCUGUGUGUUUGCCGAUGAACAGGUUGACAGAAGCCCUACUGGCUCCGGAGUGACAGCCCGGAUUGCUCUGCAGUAUCACAAAGGGCUUCUAGGACUGAACCAAUCCAGAGCCUUCAAAAGCAGUGCGACUGGCUCCGUGUUCACAGGGAGCGCCGUGAAGGAAGCCAAGUGUGGCGACUUUAAGGCCGUUAUAGUGGAAGUAUCAGGACAAGCCCAUUACACAGGGACUGCAAGCCUUAUUGUAGAAAAAGAUGACCCACUGAGGGAUGGAUUUCUUUUGAAGUGACUCCUUGCAUGACGUUUAAGGGCUUUCAUUGUUAUC